AAUUUUUCUCCCUUCAAGAAUAAUAGACUUGUCUUUUUCACAUUCUCUUUUAUUCAUCACUUAUCCCUUCAAAAUCAGGUUACUUUUUUCUUCUUUGCUUUGAAGCCUCCGUGUCUUUGCUCUUCUUGUUGUGGGGAUUCUUGGGCUGAAACCUUAAUCUGUAGUGUUGAAAUGAAUGGGUUUGAGAACAAGAGAGGUCAGAAUAUUGAGAAAUUUCCAGGAUGCUUGGGCAGGAUGGUAAACCUGUUUGAUUUGAACACCAGUGUUCCUGGAAACCGCCUGCUUACUGAUAAACAGCAUGAUGGUUCUUCAGUCUCAAGGAGUCAAUCUGGUGUAGCAAGGAUGUCGAGACCCACCUUUGGAGAUCAGAAUCAUCAGAUAGAGGAUAAAGUGAUUUUAUCCAAAAUAAGGCGAGCUUUUUCAGACAAAAAAGAUAAUGGAACACCCGUGAAGAUGCUCAUAGCCCGGGAAAUGUCAAAAGAAGCGGCUUCUAAGCAUAACCCACCCAAUUUAGUUGCCAAGCUGAUGGGACUUGAUACACUACCAAGGAGGCAGCAUAAUUUAUCUGCACAAAGAUGCCAUUCUAAAGGUUUUCCUCAGCAAUCUUCAAGUCAUUCUGGAACGCCAGUGGAACGCUGGGAGCAAGAUCAAGGCUUUGCGGACAAGGAAAUGCUAAGUGAAAUAAACCCCUGUCAAGAGCUGAACAAAUACAUAGAUGUUAAUGAAAUCCGGCAACAGUCCCCAAUGGCAACCUAUUCAAGAGAUAGCUCUCCACAAAAGUGGAGGUAUAAAGAUAAUGUGAAUGAGAAAAAAAUGGCAUUAGUUCAUCAGAAGUUUAUGGAAGCAAAGCAUCUGGUGACAGAUGAAAAGCUUCGCCAAACCAAGGAAUUUCAAGAAGCACUGGAAGUUUUGAGUUCCAAUAGAGAGUUAUUCCUCAAGUUUCUGAAAGAGCCAAAUUCCAAGUUCUCUCAGCAUCACUACGGGUUCCAGUCUUUAUCUCAACCUCCUGAGAAAAUGCGUAUCACUGUUCUUAGACCUAAGAUGAUUGAAAAAGAAAAUUUUGCUGGAAUAGGGAGCGAUGAUAAACAGACAAAGAAAUCAGUUCGGAUGGGUCGUGGAAAUGGGUGGGAUAGAAAGAACGAAUCAUGUGAUCUUCCUUUCCCCAGUCCAGAAGUUGAUGAAUAUCCUUCCCGACCAACUAGAAUAGUGGUACUGAAGCCCAGCCCUGGGAAGUCUCCGGACAUUAAGACUGUGGCAUCUCCAUCCCCCUCAUCACCUAGGAUAUUGCUUGGUGAUGAUUUUUUUAAGGAACCUGAACAUGAUGGUGCACAAGAACCAAGAGAAGUAGCAAAGGAAAUGCAGCUGCGUGAAAAUCUGAUUGGUCACAGAAGGGAUGAAACAUUACUUUCUUCUGUGUUCUCCAAUGGUUACGUUGGUGAUGAUAGUUCACUUAGUAGAUUUGAAAAUGAGUAUGCUGUGGAAAGCCUCAGUGAUUCCGAAGUCACAUCACCAACUUCUAGACAUUCAUGGGAUUACAUCAAUAGGUUUAGUAGCCCUUAUUCUUCCUCUUCCUUCAGCCACACAUCAUGUUCUCCUGAGUCCUCAGUUUUCCGGGAAGCAAAGAAACGGCUUUCAGAAAGAUGGACCAUGAUGGCAUCAAAUGGGAAUUUUCAAGAACAGAGAUAUGUCAGGAGAAGCUCAAACACAUUGGGUGGGAUGCUUGCUCUCUCUGAUACAAAGAAGUUGGUGAGAUCUGAGGAAGAGGGAAGUACUAAGGAGCAAGAACCAAGGGGAUCAACUUCCUACAUAGCUAGUAAUUUGAAUAAAGAAGAAAAUAAAAUUGAUUCUCCCAAAAAUCUUCUCAGGUCAAAAUCUGUUCCUGUGUUGUACACUGCAUACCGUGCAAGGCUUAAUAUUGAGUUUUCAGAUCCUGAAUCUAGCAAAGAACAAGUUCCGAAGGAACUGACAAAGGCAAAGAGCAUGAAAUCAUCUUUAAAAGGGAAGGUUUCAAAUUUAUUUUUCUCAAAGAAUAAGAAAACGAAUAAAGAAAAAAGCAUUGGAUCUCAAACUGCAGAAGAAUCACCAUCUACAACUCCUGGAACACUAAGUCAUCCUCAAAAGAUAAACAAUGAUGCACCUCAGUGCAUUAAGGACAGUUGCAACCAAGUGCAUUUGUCUCCUGUUCUUGGUGGAUCAGUUAGUAAAACUCCUUCACCAGAUUUGACUGGCAUGGGACAGAAACAAUGCAUGACUGCUGUGGAGGGAGGGUUGUCUGUAGCAAAGCCUUCAAUUCUUGUCCGUUUAAGUGAGAAUAUGGACCAGCCUAGCCCUACCUCAAUUUUGGAACCUCUAUUUGAUGAGGAUGAGAACACAAGUCCAGAGUCAUCAGGCAGUAUCAAACCAGUGCACCAAGGAGUGGAGUUGCCACCGAAGUCUAUCUUGAUUGACAAGUCACCACCUAUAGAAUCAAUUGCUCGCACCCUCUCAUGGGAUGAUUCUUGUUCAGAGACACCCACAAUGAAUUCAUCAAAACCCUCGAAGGUUUCCUCAGGUGUCAAGGAGAAAGAAUAUGAUUUGAUUUUCUCUGUCCAAUCAUUGUUAUCAGCUGCUGGCCUCAAUGGCAAAGUGUGCUUUGAGUCAUGUAUUUCCAGAUGGCAUUCACCUGAAAGCCCAUUGGACCCGUCCUUGAGAGAAAAAUAUGCCAACUCGAAUGACAAGGAGCAUCUGCAUGAGGCUAAGCUACGACAAUGGAGAUCUCACAUGAACCUCGUAUUCGACUGCGUCAAUGCAGCAGUACUGGAAAUCACAGGCUAUGGAUCAAGCAGUUGCAUGAGAAACAUGUCAUUGGGCUGGUCCCAUAUGAGGGACACGGAGAGUUCAUCAUCAUCACUGGUUGACCAUGUUUGUGCCCAAAUGAAGGAAUGGAACGGUAUGUGUUUGGUGGAUGACGAAAUCAUUGUCUCUUUUGGUUGGUUAGCCAAAUUAUACUUGUAACUGGUUAAGUAGCUGUAUAAUGGGUGAGAUCGAUGUUUCUCUUGAUCAUCGCUCUACUUGGACUUCAUGCUCGAAGUGCUCUGGUUUUGUAGAUUAUAUUUUUCAGUGCUGUUGUAUCUAUCGCCAUUGUUCAGACCAUACUGCAGGACAACAUUCAAAGGCACGAUUUAGAAAGUGCUAACU